GGCCCAACUCCAGCGUGUACCGUUAUAGGCCAUCAACGGAAUCAACGGAAUAGGGCGUGCCAGGCACUUUUUGCAAACCAAGUGUACAUUUUUGGGGUGCACCUUCUCACAUCAUGUCUAAACAGUACUAAUUGGGAUUCCCUACGAUCCUGUGAAAUCUUGUUAUAUUGAAGCCCGUCCUAUUUUUAAAUGACGUAGUUAUGAUCCAGCUAUACCCUUGAAAUUUUAGAAGUCAUUAUUAUAGAAAGAAAACAACUUAUUUUUGAAUGUUUAGAUGUUGUGAGUCUUCAGAGGCGUUAUAACAAGGAUUAUAUAUAUUACAAAAACCUCUUUCUAAAUUUAUAGUGAUAACUUUUUGGAGGUAGAGAAAAAAUGUCAUUUUUACACUUCUGAAAGUCAGUACAGUUGAAUUUUACUAGCUGAAAUGGCUUCGACAUUGUUAGUACAAAGUUCAAUCUUUGUACAUGGGAAACAUGGGAAAUUUUAAGGUGAUCCUAAUAGUAAUCAUCUAUGAAAAUCAGUGCUUAUCAUUCAUUAAAAUGCCAAAGCAAGCACAACUUUUUCGAAGACCCUUACCUCCAAAAUUUAAGCUGUCUUUACAUAAGAAGAAAAUCCUUUCAGCCAAGACUGAUGAAACAGAGUCAUCGCAUGUAGAGUUCACCCUAGAUAAAACAGAUAAAAUUAGUUUUCCUGUUGUUCCAAGAAAUCUAUCACAAACAUCUGUUGAUUUCCGAAAUUUUCUUUUUGAUCGUCAUCUACAAGAAAGCGUGACUUCUUUUUUAAAAUCCAGAAAAUCUAAAAAAGUCUAUUGGUACAUACCAGAUACUGCUGCUGGUUCCAUAUUUUUUCCAACUUGUACUUCAGCUUCUUCACGAAUUUUUGGGAAAGGAGCAAACCAACUGGAAAAAAAAUCUAAAAAAGAGCCAAACCAAACUAAAAAUACAUUUACUGAUAAAAAGCUAGAAGACGUCUUAAUUCUUUCUUCAGAGUUCCGCAAACCCUUACCUACCACUAAGAAAGAAAAAAAAGUUCACCAACCUUUAUCAACGAGUGCACGCUAUGCUCAGAACCCUUUGAGUGAUUUACGUGCAAUAGUGCCAAGUUCUGUACGUGGUAGUGUAUCUGAUAAACCAGAAAAACCAGGGCCUGAACAUUUGCUACACACUACUACUGUGGUACUAAAUAUUAGUGAAUUUCCAGGUCACAUAGCUAUACCAACAGUAGCAGCUGUACCAAGAAAACCUCGAAGACAGUCUGCAAUAGAAUAUCUCGUAGCAAAUCUCGUAGAAAGUGAAAAUGGAGAAUUUUUUCCAAAACAAGUCUUUCCAAGAAUACCUGAAGGUUAUGCUAAAACGAGAAGUAAAGAAUCAGAUGAAAAUGUUUUACGUGGUGAGGGUUUUAAAACAAUUGCGGCAACACGAUAUGAAACAUUAGCUGCCAUGACCAACUUGGCCAUAGUAAACUGUCAACUAUAUGGAAGAAAUGCACUUUCUCUUAAGGGCUUUUUUAUCUCGAAUUGUCCAGACUUAACACCUUUGGCUUUCCAACUGAUAUAUCUUAACUUGUCAUUUAACCAUAUCAGUUGCUUUCCCCCAGAAGUAUUUUGUCUUAAACAUUUACAAAUACUGAAACUGAGAAAUAAUCCUAUCAAAGAAAUUCCUUCUGAAAUUCAGCAACUUAAGUUCCUUAGAAUUUUCAAUAUUGCCUUUAAUUAUAUCGCUGAUCUUCCACCUGGGUUAUUUUCCUUGUCCUAUCUUGAGGAACUUGAUGUCUCCUACAACAACCUUACUUUUAUUCCAAAUGCAAUCCAGAAACUCAGAUCACUUGACAGACUGAAUGUUGAUGGGAAUGAACUGUGUUUUUUACCACCUGGAAUUUUGAAGCUUAACCUGACAAAAAUUCAGAUAGAUAAUAAUUACACUCAUCCUUGUUUUUGGAAGGAAAAUUCUUUGAAUAGCUCACAACGACUUACUCAAAUUAGUGCUUUGUUCAUUGUUAAAAAUAAUAUACAUACAUUUUAUGAUGUGAUCCCAGCAGAAAUUCAAAAGUUACUAAAAUGCACAUCCAAGUGUGAUUGGUGUCAUGGUCCCAAGUUUGGUGAAGGUCUUCGUAUCAUUCUGUCCUGCGAUAUUUUUGGAGCAUUACAACUUCCUAUUAUGUUUUAUGUCUGUUCUUCUUCCUGCUAUAAAGAAGCAAAGGAAAGCAGUUUUAUUUUGCUUACCAUUCCUGAUAAAAGAAUUUCUCUAAACGUGGAAUUAUCAGAAGAACGAUAGCACAAUGCUUUAUCAUUCCCACUAUAAAAUUCAAUAAACUUCAUGUAUAUCGUAAUUAAUCUCGUUGAGAGUGCAGAUUCUAUAAGAAGAAUUUAAGCAUUGUCUCAUGUGAAUUCCUUUUGUAAUCUUGGCUCCUUAUGACAGCUUGUGAUUGUUAGGACAUUGUAGAAUAGUUAUACAAGAAGGAUUAGAAAAGAUGUUUAGAUUUUAAUGAAAAUCUAAAAAGCUUAUUUCAGAGUCUGUUUACUAUAAAAAAGGUUACAGUCUUUUGCAAAAGGUAUUGUUUCUUAGACUGGUCUUUUCAUGUAUCCAUCCUAAAUGAAGAGACAUUACAAAGUCAUCAGGGGGUUUGUGUCACAUAUGACUUCAAAGUCAUGCAUCCAACUACUCUGUGCAUCUCUGUUGAAAUCUGGUCAGUGCCAAUCAUCUCAAUUAUGGAUUGCUUUUAAAAAUAAAACAUUAAUUUCA